GAAAACCAUAGACAAGCUUGAGAAUUGAGUUUCAGGGUCAGUUUAACUGCCAAACGCGCCUCAAGCAACAGGUGCCAACUGCCAAGUGGUUCACGAAGCUAAAUUCCACGCAAGCUGACCUUAACACAGCACUGUUUCUUCGGUCUGCACAAGGUCCGACUCGUCCAUCUUUCCUUCGCGCCAUAAAGAACCCCAAAGCCUAACCCAUGUCGAUAACUCGGCCGGGUCCGACUCAGGAAGAACGGGCCAAACACUCUGUGACUCAUCCGUGGAGGGUUACUAUAAAAAACAACCACGGUGAAGAGCUUGUGGGAAUAUUACAUGAUACAGGUUCAAAGGAUCUUGUUAUAUUGUGCCAUGGAUUUCAAUCCUGGAAGGAACGAAUUCCAAUGGUGAACCUUGCUGCUGCUCUAGAAAAAGAAGGAAUCAGUGCCUUCCGCUUUGACUUUGCUGGCAACGGGGAAAGUGAAGGUUCCUUCCAGUAUGGUAACUACCAUAGAGAAGCUGAUGAUUUACGUGCAGUAAUUCAACACUUCCAUAGGGAAAAACGUGUAAUAACUGCAAUCGUUGGGCACAGUAAAGGGGGCAAUGUAGUUCUCUUGUAUGCUUCAAUGUUCAAUGACGUUUCAAAGGUUGUCAACAUUUCUGGCCGUUUUAAUCUGGAGAGAGGCAUUGAAGGUCGCUUGGGUAAAGAUUUUUUACAAAGAAUCAAGCAAAAUGGAUUUAUUGAUGUUAAGAAUAAAAGAGGGAAGUUUGAGUAUCGAGUGACAGAAGAAAGCUUGAGGGACCGUCUAAGUACUGAUACUCAUGCAGCCUGCCUUUUGAUUCAUCAAGACUGCAGGGUAUUGACAGUUCAUGGAUCCAUGGAUAAAGUUGUACCAGUUGAAGAUGCUAUGGAGUUUGCCAAGUUCAUAUCUAAUCAUAAACUACAUAUUAUAGAAGGAGCUGAUCAUGAAUACACUUCAUAUCAAGAUGAGUUGGCUUCAGUUGUUCUCAAUUUUGUUAGGACACAUGUUCCUCGAGACGGAGAUACGUCUGAGCAGCUACCGUUACGGACAAGAGUUCGAUCCAUUCAUUCACGAUUGUGACAGAUUUCCAUUUGUAUCAUCAAAAUAAAUAAGUAGAGAACAACAUGAGAAAUUUGUUGUUAACGAGAGUUAUUCUACCUUGUCCUGACCUCAAGUUCAUCACUACAGGCAGUUUCUCAACCCACAGAGGCAAAGCUCAGGGCUUUUGCUGCUUGGCCAUUGUGCAAGUUAAAUGGAUUCGGUAUUCAUAUUGUGUUAUAAGCAUGAUCCAUAUCCGUUGUUCAGAGCCCAAUGAUGCAUACUUGUAUUGUUACAGUGGGAAUAGUCGUGCCUAUUGCAUGCGUAUGGUUUUAAUCCCAUUGAACUUAGGCGAGAAAAGCACAAAAGUGAGUUGCCAUGAACAAGAUUAGAUGAAUGAAACAAUAAAUUGUACACUUUGGAAUAUCUCUAUGCUUACUUCCUUCAAAGAUAUUCACUUUAUUAUUAUAAUUGUAGCAUAAAAGCACAUAAUAUUGGCUAUU